UGCUGCGGAGAUGGCCAGAUUCCGCUCUGGCCCGUCUGCUUCGGGCAUGCGCUGUAGAAGAAGCGCGCUCGGUCCGCAUUUCGUGGCGUAAGUGCUGUUUCGUUGUCACCUGCAUUCACGUUCCGACUUUCCAGCACUCUCGCCUGCAACCUCCUGGCGUCUAUCGAGUGAAGUGAUUCACCUGUCUUCCAGGCCCCCGCACGCGCAUACACCGGGCGCCAGACUCUAUUCCCGCCCUCCUGUCCAGCAUACAUCACACUGCCGCGCUUCGUUCUAGUCUUGUCCCUGCCAGUCCCGACAUCAGAUCAUGAGAUCCUCAAAUCCCCUGCGGUAGCGACACCGUUCCUCAUCCAGCGCAGCUCACUUACACCCCUCAUACUCUGCACGGCAUGGGCAAACUCAUCAAAAACCACUGGGCCCGUCUGGUGGUCUUGACGGCAGCAGCAUUCCACUUCGGCGCCGCCCUCGAAUGCUACUUCUGGCCCAAAAUCUUCUGGGACUUUGCGACCAAGAACCUCGACGGCGCCGUCAAACCGGUGCCCAUCCUGCAGACCAUCAACAUCGUCUUCGCCCUCAUCAGCCUGAUGUACGAGUGGCCGCUCAAAUACGUCGCCGGCACCACGAUCCACAAGAGCAUGGUGUUAAGGAUGUUUUGGCUGCCGUUGAUGAGCUUGAGUGCGGCGCUGCUAUACCAAGGCAUGAACCCGGCAAUGUACUAUUUGAUUGGCCUCGGCGCGUAUUUCUGGGCGUAUUCCGAGGGAGAGGUCAUCUGUGCUGUUCCGUGGACGCUGCCCAAGAGGCAUGAUAUAGCGCCGCGAUCGGACAAGAUCUGGCGUUAACAGUGGUCUGGAACUAUCGGCUCAGACGGUGGCAUAGCGAGGCUACGGAGUUACAUGGACGCUUAUGCAUAGGAAAUGAAGAGAUUGAGAACUUUCGACAA